AUGAUCCCACGUGUGAAUCUCCAAACAGACAAUGUUGAUGGCUCAAACCAAAAUAAUGUUAUUGGAACUUCAAGAAAAUUACGAUGUGAAAUCAGAAAUGACAAUAGUGAUAAUAACGGCGAAGAAAAUAUCCCCGAAUACAGGUUGAUCAGUUUGGCUGCCUAUCCAAUUAUGCUGUCUCAAAUAUUCAACACAUGUGUGGGGAAGGUAAGAAUUUGCCCUUAUCUUUCAAAACUGGUUUAAUAUAACAUAUGGUUUAAAUUGUAUUCCUGAAAACCCCUUUAUAUCUAUUCUGCAACAAAAGUUGUAUAUAUAUAUAUAUAUUUGUUGUGUAACAUGUAAACAGUCGUAAUAUGCAGUACAUAUAUGUGUCAAUAGUUUUAAAAAUGUUAAUGAACAUUUGUUUAGGAAAUUUAACUUUGGAAGAAGAUGAAAGUGGACGUAUUGGUCAUUUCUCUUAGUCAAACAGAGUUGCUUCAAAGGUGUGUUCUUGGCACAACUGAAAACCAAAAUGGCAGUUUGAAUGCUCUAGCUUGGGCUAGGUAUCCAAAGCAUAAACAACAUGACUGCAAAGCAGUGCGAUGUCCUUUAGCUGCCGCUAUUCCCCCACUUCCAUAUUGGAGCAAAGAGUCGACUUGGUGUUAUGAUCAUGAAACAGCUGUCCAUUCAUGCUGGGGGUAA